AGCUGGACAUGUCGGACUCUAAGAAGGAGGUGGAGUUUGUGUUGGGUGUUGAGGGUGCAGCCUCUCCCCAGGGCAGAGAGGAUGGGCCUGACCCCCUGUCCCCACCAGGGAGCUCCUCCACCCCAAACAUAGCCAUUCCCGUCCGCCCAUCACGCUCAGAGCCGGUCAACAUCAAUGUGGGCUCGCCCAAGGGUCAAGGACAGGGACCAGAGUUGGCCAUGAGCCCACGCUCCAUGCUUAGGUCGCCGCCAGGUCACAGGCACUCUAUGUCGGGCCACUUUGACAUGCGGGGCCGCAAGCUUCCCUACCCCAAGGAGCAAACCAUGGCCACGCCCGAGGAGCUUGUCAAGACCUAUGGUGGGGCCAAGAGUCGUGUCAUCAAGAAGGUGCUGAUAGCCAACAAUGGUAUCGCUGCUGUCAAGUGUAUCCGCUCGGUGCGACGCUGGGCGUAUGAAAUGUUCCGCUCAGAGAGAGCAAUCAGAUUUGUUGUCAUGGUUACCCCAGAGGACCUCAAGGCCAAUGCUGAGUACAUCCGUAUGGCCGACCAGUACGUACCGGUACCUGGAGGGACCAACAACAACAACUACGCCAACGUGGAGCUGAUACUUGACAUCGCCAAGCGCACACAGGUCCAGGCUGUAUGGGCGGGGUGGGGCCACGCCUCCGAGAACCCUAAACUGCCUGAACUGCUGCACAAGAAUGACAUCACAUUCAUUGGCCCCCCAGAGCAUGCGAUGUGGGCUCUGGGUGACAAGAUAGCCUCCUCCAUCCUGGCCCAGACCGUGGGGGUACCCACCCUCCCCUGGAGUGGCUCUGGGCUCAAGAUCCCCUGGCAGGAGUCAGACACCCGCGGGAAGCCAGCCACAGUGAGCCCAGAUGUGUACAAGAAAGGGUGUGUGUCUGACGCAGACGCUGGCCUGCAUGCGGCCCAGGAUAUCGGGUUCCCAGUGAUGAUCAAGGCCAGCGAGGGCGGUGGAGGCAAGGGGAUACGCAAGGCUGACAACGCCAACGACUUCAAAAACCUCUUCAGACAGGUACAGAUGGAGGUACCAGGCUCGCCAAUAUUCAUAAUGAAGAUGGCGCAGGCUGCACGCCACCUGGAGGUCCAACUGUUGGCAGAUGCGUACGGCAAUGCCAUCUCGCUGUUCGGUCGUGACUGCUCCAUCCAACGGCGGCACCAGAAGAUCAUUGAGGAGGCCCCUACCACCAUAGCCUCCAGUGAGACCUUCCGGAGAAUGGAGGAGGCAGCUGUUAAGCUUGCCAAGAUGGUUGGGUAUGUGAGUGCAGGAACAGUAGAGUACCUGUACAACGCAGACGACGGAACGUUCUACUUCCUGGAGCUGAACCCCCGUCUGCAAGUGGAACAUCCCUGUACUGAGAUGGUAGCAGAUGUGAACCUACCAGCCCUACAACUCCAGAUUGCAAUGGGCCUCCCACUCCACUGCAUGAAGGACAUCCGGUGUCUGUACGGAGAGAACCCUUUCGGAAGCAAGCCCAUCAACUUUGAGCGCCCGGCAGUGAAGCCCCAGCCGAAGGGUCACGUGAUUGCAGCCCGUAUCACCAGUGAGAACCCUGAUGAGGGAUUCAAGCCCAGUUCAGGUACCGUUCAGGAGUUGAACUUCCGGAGCAGCAAGAACGUGUGGGGCUAUUUCAGUGUGACAGCGUCUGGUGGUCUUCAUGAGUUUGCAGACUCUCAGUUUGGUCACUGCUUCUCCUGGGGAGAGGAUCGGGAGGACGCUAGAGAGAACAUGGUGAUUGCCUUGAAGGAGCUUUCUAUCCGAGGUGAUUUCCGCACAACAGUGGAGUAUCUUAUAAAGCUGAUGGAGACAGAUGAGUUCCAAAACAAUCGCAUCACCACUGUCUGGCUUGAUAGACUCAUAGCUGAGAAAGUGCAGGCAGCCAAACCCAAUACCAUGCUAGGUGUAAUCUGUGGGGCCCUGCACAUCGCAGACAGCAAGGUGCAGACGGCAUUCAAUGACUUCCAGGUGUCCCUGAGCAAGGGUCAGGUCCUGCCAUCCAACUCUCUGAAGAACGUGGUGGACGUCGAGUUUAUAUAUGAGGGGGUCAAGUACACGCUGCAGGUGGUCAAGAUAGGCCCUGUGCGGUACUUCCUGGCCCUCAAUGGUUCCACGUUGGAGCUCGAGGCCCACCGCCUGUCGGAUGGGGGUCUGCUGCUGUCCAUUGACGGCCUCUCCUACACCACGUACAUGAAGGCGCAGGUGGGCAGCUACAGGAUCACCAUCGACAACCAGACCUGCGUCCUGCAGAAGGAAAACGAUCCCUCUGUACUCAGGUCUCCCUCUGCAGGUAAGCUGAUAAAUUACGCAGUUGAUGACGGAGGGCACCUGUUUGCUGGUGAUGUCUACGCAGAGAUAGAGGUCAUGAAGAUGGUGAUGGAACUGAGGGUCACAGAGAGUGGAUGUAUCCACUACGUGAAGAGGCCUGGUGCCGUGCUUGAUUCUGGCAGUCUGGUGGCCAACCUGACCCUAGAUGAUCCCACACGGGUCGUGCAGGCGACUCCAUGCAAGGACAAGCUGCCCAACUCAGAGAACCCCCCGACCCACGGCAUGAAGCUCCACCAGAUCUACCAGCGCAGUGUGGAGGAACUAGAACAGAUCCUCGCAGGCUAUGUGCUGCCCGACCCGUACUUCUCACAGAAACUGCACGGCGCGGUGGACAGCCUACUCAAGUGUCUCAAGGACCAGCGGCUGCCGCUGCUGGAGCUCCAGGAGCUGAUAGCUGUGACGUCAGGUCGUAUCCCAUCCAGAGUUGAGAAGGCUAUCCGCAAGCUGAUGUUGUCCUAUGAGAACAACCUGACCUCUGUACUGUGUCAGUUCCCCAGUCAGCAGAUCGCCAACGUGAUCGACGGGCACGCAGCGACCUUGACACGUCGACCGGAGAGGGACGCAUUCUUCAUGAACACACAGGGCAUAGUGGAACUUAUACAGAGGUACAGGAAUGGUAUUCGUGGCCACACAAAGACAAUCAUCCAGGAUCUGCUGAGGCAAUACCUGAGAGUGGAGCAGCAGUUUCAAAACGGGAGCUGGGACAAGUGUGUGACACACCUGAUGGAGCGUAACAAGGAGGACAUGGCAGCCGUCACAGGGAUCAUCUUCUCCAGCCAGGCAGUCCAGGAGAAAAACAAACUGGUCAUCCAGCUCAUUGACCAGCUGUGCUGCAAGGAGAUCAACCUGACAGACGAGCUCACCAGCAUUCUCGGGGAGUUGACCACCCUGAACCGCGCGCAGAACGCCAAGGUGGCCCUGAAGGCACGCCAGGUGCUGAUCCAGGCACACCAGCCGCCGUACGAGCUCCGGCACAACCAGAUGGAGAACAUCUUCCUGUCUGCUGUGGACAUGUAUGGGCACGACUUCUGUCCUGAGAGUCUCCAGAAGCUGAUUUUCGCAGAGUCUGCCAUCUAUGACGUUCUACAAGAGUUCUUCUUCCACAACAACGCCUUUGUCAGGGUGGCUGCACUAGAGGUGUAUAUCCGGCGUGCCUACAUCGCCUAUGAGUUGAACUGCCUGGUUCACAGAGAGAUAUGUGGCGGUGUGUGUAUUGUGGAGUUCAGAUUCACCUUGCCCCGGUCUCACCCCAAUAGGAUGAUGGUGCUGCGUAUGGGCACACGUAUCCCUAGCAUCCCCAACCUGGACUCUACUGAGAGCAGCAUACAGAGCCUGAAGGGAAGCCUGGACGACAGCAGCCACAUAGACCAGCUGGAUGAACCACCCAUAGCCCAGAGGAUGGGCAUCAUGGCCGCCUUCUCAUCAUUUGAUGAGUUCAAGAGGAACUUUGACACGAUCAUGGAGGUAUUUGUAAUGGAGAGCUUUCCCAGCUCUCCCGUAGAUCUAACCUCAGAUCUCACGUUUGAGCCAGGCAAGGAAGACACCAUCUCUGUGCAGAGUGUGGCAGAGUCCGCGGUGGAGAAUGAGCCAAUCCACAUCAUCAACGUGGCCAUCCAGACCACACCCACCAUGGACGAUGAGACACUGGCAGCACAGUUCCAGGAGUUCUGUAUUGAGAAGAACUAUACUAUGGCAGAGCGUGGCAUACGAAGAAUUACGUUUGUUGUUCUUAGAAAGAAACUGUUACCCAAAUAUUUCACGUUCAGAGCAAAGUUUGAGUUUUACGAGGAUCGUAUCUACCGCCAUCUUGAGCCAGGACUGGCCUUUCAACUCGAGAUCAACCGAUUGCGCAACUUUGAUCUUGAGACAAUCCCAACUGCAAACUACAGGAUGCAUGUGUACCUGGGGCGGGCAAAGCAACUAGCCCAGGAGAAGGAGGCUAUAGACUACCGAUUGUUUGUGCGCUGCAUCAUCCGUCACUCUGACCUGAUCACUAAGGAAGCCUCGUUUGAGUACCUGCACAAUGAAGGGGAGAAAACUCUGAUGGAGGCCAUGGACUCACUGGAAGUCGCCUUCAGUCACUCAGUGGCCUCAAAGACAGACUGUAACCACAUAUUCCUGAACUUUGUGCCUUCUCUGACAUUGGCAGAGCUAGGAAAGCUCGUGGAGACAGUUCACAGCAUGGUGAUGCGCUAUGGGAUGCGACUACUGAAACUGCGGGUCUUGGGUGCUGAGCUGAAAUUUUCCAUCAGGGUGGACGGUGAGACAAUUCCAAUCCGGUUCUACCUGACCAACGAGAGUGGUUACUACCUGAACAUCAGUCUCUACAGGGAGGUCACUGACCCACGCACUGGACUGACCAUGCUGCAAGCGUACGGCACCAAGAAGGGAUCCAUGGAUGGGCUGCUGGCGUCCACGCCGUACGUGACCAAGAACCAUCUGCAACUGAAGCGCUCCCUGGCCCAGUCCAAUGGGACCACGUAUGUCUAUGACUUCCCAGAGAUGUUUUCACAGGGUGUGGAUAAGCUGUGGAAGUCCCAUGUUGAGCAGUAUGGUCUGUCAGCAGACACGAUACCCAAGGACUGCGUGAUGUGUAGGGAACUCGUGCUGGACAAGAAUGGACAUAUACAUCCCCAGAAUAGACUGCCUGGAGAGAAUGAGAUAGGUAUGGUUGCAUGGAACAUGACCUUGAAGACCCCAGAGUUCCCCCACGGACGGGACAUCAUCCUGAUUGCUAACGACAUCACCUUCAGAAUCGGCUCAUUUGGAUGCCAGGAGGACAUGCUCUUUAAGAAAGCCUCUGAGCUGGCAAGGGCUGGAGGGCUGCCUCGGGUCUACAUCUCAGCCAACAGUGGGGCCCGUAUAGGACUGGCUGAGGAGGUGAAACACCUGUUCAGAGUGGCAUGGAAUGAUCCACAGGACCUAGAUAAGGGAUUCUCGUACCUGUACCUGCGUCCAGAUGACUUCAAGAAGGUUGCAGCCUUCAACUCUGUGAGAGCCGUGCUGAUAGAGGAUGAGGGAGAGGCCCGAUACAAGAUCACAGAUAUCAUAGGGAAGGAAGAAGGCCUGGGCGUUGAGAACCUGCGAGGUUCAGGCAUGAUAGCGGGCGAGACCUCACAGGCAUAUAACGACAUCGUCACCAUCAACCUGGUAACAUGCCGUGCUAUAGGUAUCGGUGCAUACCUUGUUAGACUGGGUCAGCGUAUUGUUCAGGUUGAAAACUCUCACAUCAUCCUCACUGGAGCUGCAGCACUUAACAAGGUGCUAGGACGUGAGGUAUACACCAGUAACAACCAACUGGGAGGCAUCCAGAUCAUGCACAACAAUGGGGUCUCCCAUGCCACGGCACACGAUGACUUGGAGGGGGUCUACAAGAUACUACACACCCUUUCAUAUGUACCUUCUCAUCAUGGAGGUCCCUUGCCCAUACUGCCCAUGUGUGACCCUGUAGAGAGAGAUGUGGACUUCAUGCCCACCAAGGCUCCAUACGACCCACGAUGGAUGCUGGCUGGCAGACCACACCCAGAGAGGCGGGGAGAGUGGCAGAGUGGUUUCUUUGACAAGGACUCGUUCUGUGAGAUCCUACAGCCCUGGGCACAGACUGUGGUGGUGGGACGGGCCCGUCUAGGGGGAGUUCCUGUGGGCGUGGUUGCCGUGGAGACCAGGACCGUAGAGCUGAUGGUGCCAGCUGACCCGGCAAAUUCUGACUCCGAGGCAAAGGUGAUCCAGCAGGCAGGGCAGGUGUGGUUCCCUGACUCAGCAUUUAAGACGGCCCAGGCCAUACAAGACUUCAACAAGGAGGAGCUCCCUCUCAUUGUGUUUGCUAACUGGAGAGGCUUCUCUGGUGGCAUGAAAGACAUGUAUGACCAGGUGCUCAAGUUUGGGGCCUACAUCGUUGACGCCCUGCGCGAGUACGAGCAGCCGGUGAUGAUCUACAUCCCGCCGUACGGAGAACUGAGGGGCGGGGCCUGGGUGGUUGUGGAUCCAACCAUCAACCCAAACCACAUGGAGAUGUUUGCAGAUCAGCUCAGCAGGGGAGGAGUGUUGGAGCCGGAAGGUACAGUAGAGAUCAAGUUCCGUAAGCCAGACCUUCAGAAGACCAUGUGGCGUGUGGACCCGACCUGCAGGCAGCUGUCUGAGGAACUAGCAAACUCCCAGCUGACUCUGGAUGAGAAAUCAGCGCUGGAAACUGAGCUCAAGGCACGUGAAGAAUCCCUGAUGCCCAUGUAUCACCAGGUGGCCAUAUACUUUGCUGAUCUGCACGAUACGCCAGGGCGCAUGGAGGAAAUGUCCGUCAUCUCGAGUGUUCUAGAUUGGAGGAGGAGUCGCAAGUUCUUCUACUGGCGUCUCCGUCGUCGCCUGCUGGAGUCGAGUGUAAAGAGGAAGUUGCGCCAGUACACGGAGGAGAAGACAGACGGGGAGAUCAACUCCAUGCUGAGUCGCUGGUUUGUGGAGGACAAGGGCACUGUCAAUGCCUACCAAUGGGAGGAGGACCAGGCCGUGGUGUCCUGGCUGUCCAGUCACCUGGCCCAGGGCCCCAGUGCAAGUCUGCUGCAGGAGAACAUCAGAUGUCUGCAGAGAGACCAUGUGAUCAGACAGGUCACCAGGUUGCUGGAAAGUAACCCGGACGUUGCCAUGGACUCAGUGAUGCAGAUGGCCCAGUUGUUGACCCCGGCCCAGAGGUCAGAGGUCAGUCACCUGCUGGCCAGUCUAGACACAGUGCUGGAAGGGUCAGUGUUGCAUCCCUCUGGCGGGGCCCAUGUAUGAGGCAUGGGGAAGGCAACAUAGACAUCAGUGUAAUGGGACUGGGGACUGUCUCAAGAAUGACAUGUGGUGCCCAAGGACCAAGCAAGGAUGACAUGUGGUGCCCAAGGACCAAGUGUGUUGCAUGAAAUGUGAUAUUCCUCAGGAGAGAGAUUUGUGUGGACCUUAACAUGUCCGGUUAUCACCCAUAAUAUGGGACCCUUUCUGUAUGAGCCGCGUUCUGAGAAAAUGUAUGUGCCUAAAGUGUCGUCCCAGAUAAACCUGUGCAGUCCAAACAGGCUAAUCAGGGAUGACACUUUCGGCUUUUAUUGAUUUGUGUGUAUGAAGGAAGUAUCUUCUAAAUGAAAGUGAAGUUUAGGUGGAAAGUGUCGUCCCUUAUUAGCUUGUGCAGAAAGCACAGUUUUUCCAAAACGAAGCUCAUAUGCUAUUGUAAGUUAUGACUCGUAAGACAGUUGCUUUUACAAAAUUCAUUGCCACUGGUUUUCAAGACAUAACUAACUUACAAGGAUUUAUUGAAACACUCUUCAGAACAAUACUUUAUCCAUGACAUUAUUUUUGUGUGUUGUUUUUUAAUAUUGUUUCAUGCACUUGUGUGAUUGUGUCAUAUUGUAAUAGUUGGAUCCCGUAAUUUGCUCGAGUUAAGAAAAACCCACUAAUCCCGCUGUACAAACAACGCUGGUAAAUUAUAUCAACCAAUUAUAGCUUUAUUAAAAUAAUAAUGGUUGAUAUGAUGUGUGAUUUUGAAAGAAUUAUAUAUUGGUCAGCUGAAUUUGUACCAGCAGAUAAGUGGGUAUUUUUUAAAAGGUUGCUUUUCUGGGAUGCAGAGUUGGACCAUGCUCUAUUUUAAUGCAUGUGCACAAAGUGUCGUCCUAGUUAGCCUGUGCAGUCGGCACAGGCUUAUCAGGGACGACACUUUCCGCUUUUAUGAUAUUUUCUGUUUAAAGAAAAAUCUAGUUAAGGCGGAAAGUGUCGUCCCUGAUUAGCCUGUGCAGACUUCACACAUGCAUUAAACCCAUUUUUCACAGAGCAUGGUCCAUAUAUUGAAACUGGUUACUGAUGAGAGUAUUUAGAACAUAAGGGAUCGGCAGAUUCACUUACUUAUUAAAUGUAUGUAAGUAUGCUAUUUAUUCUACAAUCAAAUGUUAAACCCUGUUAAAUCUAUGUAACCUUCUUUGUAAAAUUGUCUAGUUUGUCCAUAGACUGUCAAAUAAAAAAUCAUGUGAAAGUUUUUUGUUAAAUGUACAUUUGAUCUUUGCUCUGAGUAAACUGGGCUUUAUGCAUCGUCCAAAUACACCCCUUGUGGACUGCACAUGCUAAUCUAGGAUGACACUUCACGUCCAAAUACACCCCUUGUGGACUGCACAUGCUAAUCUAGGAUGACACUUUACGUCCAAAUACACCCCUUGUGGACUGCACAUGCUAAUCUAGGAUGACACUUUACGUCCAAAUACACCCCUUGUGGACUGCACAUGCUAAUCUAGGAUGACACUUUACGUCCAAAUACACCCCUUGUGGACUGCACAUGCUAAUCUAGGAUGACACUUUACGUCCAAAUACACCCCUUGUGGACUGCACAUGCUAAUCUAGGAUGACACUUUACGUCCAAAUACACCCCUUGUGGACUGCACAUGCUAAUCUAGGAUGACACUUUACGUCCAAAUACACCCCUUGUGGACUGCACAUGCUAAUCUAGGAUGACACUUUACGUCCAAAUACACCCCUUGUGGACUGCACAUGCUAAUCUAGGAUGACACUUUACGUCCAAAUACACCCCUUGUGGACUGCACAUGCUAAUCUAGAUUGACACUUCACGUCCAAAUACACCCCUUGUGGACUGCACAUGCUAAUCUAGGAUGACACUUUACGUCCAAAUACACCCCUUGUGGACUGCACAUGCUAAUCUAGGAUGACACUUUACGUCCAAAUACACCCCUUGUGGACUGCACAUGCUAAUCUAGGAUGACACUUUACGUCCAAAUACACCCCUUGUGGACUGCACAUGCUAAUCUAGGAUGACACUUUACGUCCAAAUACACCCCUUGUGGACUGCACAUGCUAAUCUAGGAUGACACUUCACGUCCAAAUACACCCCUUGUGGACUGCACAGGCUAAUCUAGGAUGACACUUUACGUCCAAAUACACCCCUUGUGGACUGCACAUGCUAAUCUAGGAUGACACUUUACGUCCAAAUACACCCCUUGUGGACUGCACAUGCUAAUCUAGGAUGACACUUCACGUCCAAAUACACCCCUUGUGGACUGCACAUGCUAAUCUAGAAUGACACUUCACGCACAUUCAUUAAGCCUGGUUUUCACACGGCGCAGAGCAUUUAUUGAAAUUUGAUUUAUUGGUUUGGUUGUUGAAGUGUUGUUAUUUAGUGAAUGUUUUGUUUUUACAUAAAUAUAUUAUUUAUACGUAUUUUGCUAAUUGGUAUAAUGUGUGUUUGUUUGCCACAUUUAGAUAAUCUUAUCGUACUGUAUGGUUUCCUUUUCAUUGUUGUUAUGGUUAUGUACCUUGUUAAUGAUAUUUAAAUGGUCAAGCAGCCAAUGGUAAGAAUCUGGAUAACUGUUACACAGCAAUUUUAGGAUCUUUUUUGUUUAGCGAUUGUAAAUUACAAUAGAAAUACGAACAAGUGCCUGUUUUGGUUACGUUUUCGAUUACGUUAAGAUUUAACCAAGGUAUUUGAAUUUGGUUUUCUUUAUCCAAAUAAAGGUUAUCUUUUGGAUUGGCGAAAGUAAUCAAGAUUUAUAUCAAUAGCUGCUGUAGAAUAUCUCUGUAUUAAAGAUCAGAGACGUAGAUGUUAUCUAAGUCUCUGUAAAGAUGUAGAACAACAAAAGGGCCGAUUAAAAAUACUGCCCUGUGAUAGAUUUUAAGAUAAUAAUAAACGGUUUUGCAAGAAUGUUUAAGAAAACUGAUUCUAAUCAUUGUUUAUAAAAAGACGCUAUGAGUAUGUUAUUUAUUGUUAGGGUGUAGGUUAGUAUUUAGGAACUUACAUCAAUAUUCAACAUUUCUGUGUUGGCCAGCGAAGAUGGACAGUAUCGAAUCAAUAUUCAACAUUUCUGUGUUGGCCAGCGAAGAUGGACAGUAUCGAAUCAAUAUUCAACAUUUCUGUGUUGGCCAGCGAAGAUGGACAGUAUCGAAUCAAUAUUCAACAUUUCUGUGUUGGCCAGCGAAGAUGGACAGUAUCGAAUCAAUAUUCAACAUUUCUGUGUUGGCCAGCAAAGAUGGACAGUAUCGAAUCAAUAUUCAACAUUUCUGUGUUGGCCAGCGAAGAUGGACAGUAUAGGAGGGGUACAUAUACUAUAGAUUGGAUUUGUAGAAGGCAUGCGAUGCUGGUUAUUUAAUGCAAGUAUUUUCCAGAUCGAUUUGGAAAUAGGUUUGCAGAAAUGUUCACCUUCAUGGGACAACAUCCAGUUAAUCGCCGCUAAUGUCAUGGUGUUAUACUAUAGAAUGUGUUAUGUAUGUUUAGUGUCCGCUCUGUGCAAAGAUAUAUAAGUAACCAUGAAUAUUUAUAGAUCUUUGCUCGGUGUGAAGGAAUUGAGCAACAUUUCGAGGAGCGGCCUGCGAUAACCUGCUUGAGUUCUCUUCAUGUUUAACUCGUCAAUCCUGACUCCUUUUAGUUUCUACUCGUAAAACUUCCUAAAUAUUGAUAUUAUCGGCAACAACCUGUUGCCCCUGACAUUCAUUCCUCAUUGAAGAAGCAGGCAUUUCAUGUAAUGUGUCAAAUGUAGAGAUAGCUAUGAUGAUACUUGAUAAGUUUGUCGAUAUAUUCGAGAAUGUGAAUUCCAUGUAAUGUGUCAAAAUGUGUAGAUUGCUAUGGGGCAACUCAUUUACGCUGUUUAUAUUUUCUAAAGCAGUGUGAUAAAUGCCGUUUAUUCCACUCCCCUGGAAAUGUUGUAAAAGUAAUAGAAUUUUCGAUGCAUUUUAUCUUGUUAUCGCUUACUGUCCAUGAUAAUUGAUUAGAGCUGUCAAAAUGUUCUGCAAUUAUGAUAAGGAUUGAUUUAUUACGUUAUAUUUAUAUUUAAAAAAGCUUAUUUUGUUUUGUAAAAUCGGUUACUUAUGUUUAUAUACAUAACAUAAAAACAUGUGUUGUUUUGUCUACCGUUGUAUUAAUAAAAUAAUAAAAUAUAUGAAUACAUG